ACAACUCUGGUGGGCUCCCACAUUAAGAGGGGCCUGUUUCGAAAUUGCAUGGCAACAUUGCCUUGUAAAAGGCAGCCUUUAAAGGCAUGCCAUUUACACGACACCACUAAUGCAGCUCAUAGGUCUAAUAAAAUGUGUGAAUAUCAACUACAGUUCAUGUCACCAGGUGUCCCUUACCGCCAUCUGAAGUAUUUCCCUUAUACAAUAUGUGAUGUAACCUUAUCUUUUUUGUAACUCUGCCCUGUAUAGCCAACAAUUUACAUAGAGACGACUAGAUUUGAGGAAAAUCCCGCCGCUCUUUGAAAGAACUAAGUUGGGUCAAAAUCUGAGCACCGCACUAGGACCCUGAGGAGGCUUUGUGGUAGCCUAUCGUACCAAUCCAGCGGGCUAAAUUGCAUGUGUCAUCUUCGAAAUUCUAAAUAAGACGAAAAAAAAAACCUCUCCACUCUGGCCAAGGAGUCUUCAAACUCGAAAAGCCCAACAAGAUCUUCAGGGCUCCACGUGACAGGAGCGGCUAUAUAGAAAAAGCAACACCAAGCAUCAGGACCAGUAGGCUACUGCCACUACAAGUCAACCGGAGCAGAUGCUUAGGAUCAAGAGCAAUCUACACUGACUCGUGAAAGCAUUCCGCAUACAUUUCAGUCACGAUGUACUAUUGGUGAACUCGCUUCAGUAGGUUACAACGAGGCGAACUUCUCUCCAUGUGUAGGUUUACCGGAGUGUGCUCAAAGGAGGUCUUUCCAAAGAGGGCGAAAGAUUGCGAUAUGAACGGAUCUCUGCUGUUUUAAGACUAACUUUUUGUUUGACUAAAAUCCAAGAGUGAUGUUUUAUGUUCCAGUCCAGCUCUGGCACUCUGAAGGAACUUAACUUUACUUUACAGUGAGCACAGUAGACUUCUCUUCAUGCAGCUUAAAAGGAGGAUACUUUCGAUUGAGAAUUUCCACGAUCUUCAUAAAAUGACAUUAUCCAGCGGUGAGAAAUUAUGCCGCUACUCGUCUAAUGUGUGACACGUUGGGAUCUAGUCUAGUUUUCAACUCCUGGUCCCUUGUUGGGAGGAAAACGGUGUAUUUAAAAACAAAAUCACGUCUGAGGAUUUAGAAGAGUGAUUCGGAGAAGUCCCAUCAUAGCACCUUGGUACUUCUGAUUUGAGUCGGGAGAACAACAACCGUCCAGAUGCAGUUUCGACUUUUCUCCUUUGCCCUUAUCGUGUUGAACUGCAUGGAGUACAGCCACUGUCAGACGCAGUCGCAUCGCUGGAGACGGAACAAAAGAGCAGCUAGCUAUGGAGUGUACCCCAUCUGCAAAGGCUGUUCGGUGUGCUCGAAGGACAACGGGUGCAUGAACUGUCAGCCCAAACUCUUCCUCUUCCUGCGACGGGAGCGGAUGCGCCAGUACGGAGAGUGUCUUCACGCCUGUCCGUCAGGAUACUACGGCAUGCGUGCACCGGAUAUCAACAUGUGUUCCAGGUGCCGGAUAGAGAACUGCGAGUCGUGCUUCAGCAAAGACUUCUGCACAAAGUGCAAGCCAGGCUUUUACUUGCACAAAGGCCGCUGCUUCGAUAAGUGUCCCGAAGGCUUCGCCCCGCUAGAGGACACCAUGGAGUGUGGAGAGGGCUGUGAGGUGGGCCAGUGGAGCGAGUGGGGCUCCUGCACCCGGAGAAACAAAACCUGCGGCUUCAAGUGGGGCCUGGAGACGCGCACGCGGCACAUCGUCAAGAAGCCGCCCAAGGACACGAUACCCUGCCCCACCAUCGCCGAGUCCCGGAGGUGCAAAAUGUCCAUGAGGCACUGCAGGAGAGGUUCAGGGAAGCAUCGAAGCAAAGAACCAAAGAAGAAGUCCAACAAGCAGAGACUUCGCUUCCGGGCACAGAACCAGCACAGCGACCACCUGGCUUCACUGCGUGCCAGCCCAUGAGGACUGAAACCAGCCAACCACCCCACAAAAAAAAACAACAACAACAACAACAAAAAAAAACGACUCAAAGCUGCUAUCUGCUGCUCCACAAACACACAUUUACAAACACCCCACCGCACACAACCCCACUCUCAUUCAC